UUGCAUAUUUAGCAACGCGAAACGUCCGAAUGGCCAGUAGUACUUUAUUUUUUUUAUUUUUUUCACUCCCAGGGACAGCGGGCUCCACAAAACUCGCUCCAUUUCCGAAUACCAGUCGUCACUCGGCAGACCAGCGCGGGCGUGUGCGAGGGAGAAUCGGAAAGUGGCGAUUUGAUGGCUCCGAAGCGGAAACGCUGCGGUGCGGGGACGGGGUCCGCGCGACUUCCGGCGCGGGAGCUGGAUUUCCGCGCUCCGGGCGACGACGCGUGGUACAGCGUGCGGCUUCUCCUGGAGAAGGACGGGGACGGGGACGGGGACGUGGGCGGCGCGCUUCGGGUGAUGUACCGCGAGUUCCCGGAGGCCUACGACGAGCGCUACUACUACUACCACCGCCGCUCCUCCUCUUCCUCCUCCCCCGCCGCCGCCGCCUCCGCCUCCGGGCCCGAGAACAAGAGCAAGAACUUGAGCAGCCUGAAGGAGGCAGAGGAGUUCCGGGCGCGGUUCCGCCCGCCGUCGGUCCAGCUCCAGGACUCCCAGUGCUGGAAGCUGCAGGUCGGCACGACGGUCUGCGCUGCCCACGCUUUCGGCGACUGCGACGUCCGCUUCUACGACGCCACCAUCGACUCCGUUUUCUUUUCGACACAUAAAUUUGAUAGAGGAGAAGAUGUGUGCACUUGCAAAUUUGCAGUCAAAUGGUUACAUGGUCCUCUUUCCGGUGAGAAAACAACUCUUCACAUUGGAAAUAUAUGCCUUGUACCACCAUUAAUUGGACAAGACCCAGUUUUGGAUGAAUUUCUGGAGAAGGUGAGAAAGUCGGUUGAGGUCGGAAGCAAUAUAGUGGAUCAAAUGGACGGUCAUCUUCCUAGUACACCAAGGCAGGACAUAGAAUCCAUUACAGAGAAGCAGGAUUCUUCGUUCUCUAGAUUUCCUGAUGAGAUACCAGGGUCGGUGAACGGUUGUACUUUGAAGACUCCUCUUGAUUCGUUACAUAACUAUGAGGAUGUUAGGCUAUCUAAAAGGACUAUUGUAUUAGGGAAUAACUCUACAGGGCAAGUUUUCAGUAGACAAGUAUUCGAACAUAAUGAUGAUUUCAGAGUUCGAUUGGCAAGUCAGAAAGCUCCCAAGGAGAGUUACUUUUCCUUCUGGAUAGAAAAUCUGGAAAAUGAUUUAUCACCAUCUAUAGUGAGGGAAUUUAUCAGCAAAGAAGUACACGUACCUUCACAAGUCAUCCUCUACCCUGGUCUCUUAUCAUACUCAUCUUGUAAAGGAUCUAUCUUCGUCAGGGCUAAAGAACUUGCUGAAAAGUUAUUUGACUUUUUAUUCAACCCAGCUCAUAUGAUAGUUUCCACGAAAGGAAGACCAUGGGUGACGAGGAAAAAAUGGUGUGGAGAAAUUGAGGGGAUAAUGCCAAGAUAUGAGCUGCAACAAUUUAUUGAAACCAAAGAGAGCUCAAGUGAAAUAAAGAUUGGUGCACAUUGGAACUGAAAAAUACGAGCAGGCCAAACGAGUGCAUGAUCUUCAUAAGCAGUUUCAUGUUCAUGUGAGGGGCCUACAAAAGAAACUAGCAUUAGAGGAGAAAGCUCUACUGAAACUGCAGAUGGAGAAGUGAUAUAUGCUUAGGCAAGGAGGACUUCAUCGAAUCGAGAAAUUUCUGGUUUGCAUCUUUGCUUGUAAUCUUGUAAAAUAUGCCUUCAUGUGGCAGAACAGUUUGGAUGCAGCAAAAGCUGAUUUUGGGCGCAGUUUAUAAUUAAGGGGGUGUUUUUUUUUUUUUUUUUUUUUUUUUUUGGGAAUUUAAAGGUAGAAACUAGCAAACAAUUUGCAGUAUUUUGUAUACACCUGCUUCAGGGGACUGGUCAUUGUAAAUUUCUUUCUUUUUAUAAGAUGUCGUAUGAACGCCGGUAAGUAUAUAUAUAUAUUGCUGGUAAAGUGCACUA